AUGGUUUCGCCUGCGACUGCCAGCGGGUCGAACGCGGGACGACGUCCGAGCACAAGCACGAGCUCGUCGCCGUCGAUGACGGCCGUGUAUGGCUUUGACCCGGCGCCGGCCCCACCGUUAGGGAUCCUUAUGCACUGUAUCUCCGUCAGUCCCGCCGAUUGCUGGCCCUCUCCUCGGUGCUCGCAACAGUAGUUGUCAUCCUGUCACACCGUACUGAAGCUUUGUUGGUCUGUCGAAGUAGGGUACUUCUGCAGCGCAUGCUUCUGCAUCCGCUCCGUCGUCCUCAACACCGUACUCGGCGUUUCUCAAGCCCGGUAGGUCUGGGUCUAUGCUCGUGCGCCGUCCUCGCAGGCAGGCUGGCCGUGGUGUUUUUCCCGGAGUAACGGUGCUGACCCUGUGGUGUGCCUGAACCUAUCUUCAGGGCACAUGUCACACUCGUCCAUGCCCGCUCCUCUCAGCUUUUCUCCAUUGGCUUCGGCGUUUGGUGGCUCGGAGGGGAUCGCUCCGCUUGCCGGUGCGCGACCACACCUUUCGCUACCGCUCUCGCAACCACUCCCGGGACCGGCAGCGUUUUCGCUCGCGUGUGCACCGAACGGUCUGGGCCAUGUCUCCUAUCCCGCACCAGAUAGCUUCGUUGCCGCCUCCCGAGACACCGCUUUCCUGGCUCAUACUUUACAUCCUGAACCGGCUCGAGACACGAUGGCACACCAGCCCCCGUCGUCGUCGUCGUCGUCGUCGUCGUCGCUCUCGUCGAGCAUGCCUCCGGUUCACGCCUCUCGAUCCGGCUUUGACUCUCCAACAUUACCGGUACAUCAGGCGUGGAAGACCUUCGACACCGCACUCGGAGCGAUCAGGGGUGCAGCGGGGCGUAACAUCGAUUUCAGCGCGGCGGCGUACCCGAACACGACCGACCAUUCGAGACGGAACUCGGCGUCCUCGACAACCGGUGGCGCUCAGGGGUCACCCAGAUGCGCGGAAGCGGCCUCGACAUCGACGCAGACCUCACUACCGCCGAUCGACCCAUACAAGCACAAAUCCUCGCCUGUGCUAGGUGCUUUCCCGAUGUCGACCGACAGCCUCGCUUUUCCCACGGAACGCUCGUAUCCACUCAACCCAUGUUCGAGCUCCGGGCUGAACGGCCACCAGCCCCACCCAAUCCCGAACUUUGUUACGAAUGAAAGGCAGGGUGAAGUAUACAGCGCAUCUCAUAUCCAUAGAACGCACUCCGACAUGCCGCAUUCGCUCUCUCAGGGCUUCGACGCGGCGCUGCCUGCCCAUGCGCCAGCUUCGCCCACCCUCUGUCAAAAGCGCAAGCGUACCUCCAUGCUCGGCGAAGAUCUGGCACGACACCACAGGACGCGGGAGUACCCGGAAGUUGCUCUGCUCGACUCAAUGCGAUGUUCAUCCUUGACGGUAGCGUUGACCCCUCCCUCCAAAUUUCCUCUGACGACGAUCACGUGCCUACAUGCUUCGGUGGGUCAAAAAUCGUAUGGCAACGAAAAACGGUUCCUCAACCCGCCCCCCAUGGUCCGCGUCACGGGCCCACUGCACCGCCUCUCAAGCUACCCUCGACUCGUGGUCGAAGUUGUCAGUGACAACGGGAUCUACUGCUCGCGUGAACACAGCGCGAUCGAAAGCGAGGAUGGCACCACGGCCGAUCCGGACGCUCGCUACUACCUUCGGUCGUUGCACAUUGGGAAGGCGGGCAAGGCCAAGACGUUUCGUCUUGAGCUCUCGCUUCACCCUUGCGACCGACCGGCACCACCAAAGCCGCUGUUCCAAAACGGGAGUGUGCGCAAGGCUGAACCGAUGGAGACGAUGGAGACGUUGAACGAGGCGCUAGCGUCCUUUUCUUCUGCAGAAAUGCAGAUCAUCUCCAAGCCGAGCAAGAAGACGGUGCGUGCGCGCAACACGGGCUCUUGCCUGUUUGCCGAGUCGACAAUCGCCCUUUUCAAUCGCAUUAAUGCGCAGACAGUGCGCACGACCUUUGCUGUCACCGAGGAAGGCCGGUUGAGCUCUCGCGCGUAUCAGUGGACAGCGUUCAAGAUUCAUGUCACCAAGCGUGCCGAAGGUGGCGAAGAUGCGGAUCAGGACGUAGGCGAGACGUUUUUCCGUCACCAAGCUGACGGUGGUCCCGAGGCGGUCACGUACGGCAGCGAGAUCGUAUUGACGGACUUGAUGACGGGCGUCACGAGCGAACCCAUGAUCGUUCGCAAGGUCGAGAAGGGGCACGUCUUUCUUGGGGCUAGGGGUCCGGUAGCGCAAUUGCAGAAGCUGGCGCUUGCUCGCGUCAAUGACUGUGGCUAUUCGAUCUAUCUGAGCCCGUCAUCGGAUGGGAUAGACAAAGAUGGCUUGUCGCAGCAUUCGGAGUCGUACACUUACGGGACCGAGCACGAUCCGGAUGGGUACCCGAGCGACGACGACUCGGCGGGCGCGAAGAAAUUUCUCUCCUACCAGCCUCCCGUCGGCUCGCUACCAGCUGACGAUCAGGACAACCUGGGCUACCACAUCGUGACGGACUUCAUGACCUGGACGGUCGUCGGUAUCGAUUCGUUCUCGUACUCGUACUUUGACACCUCCCCCGAGGCGAACAGUCCUCUACGGUUGUCGAGUCUGAGACCCAUCACGCCUUUCCCGCUCGUUCAAUCCCGACCGGCCUUUGAUCCGCACACCCACACAUGUUCGUUUGCGGUAUCCGACUUCUUCAACAACGAAGUGGAGCGCUCGCCUAUGGAGCUUUGGCUCGGGCCCUUGGGGCCGCUUGCGACCAAAAUCAUUCAAGCUGGCGAGUUUGCUGCUCAGCCUACGCCCCUCGAGCCCGGAUUUCCAAACGUAGCCACAGGAACCAAGGCCGAGCGUACCAAAAUCCCAUCGAAUCCACUCAUCACUCGCCAAGUCAAGUCUUCUGUCAUCUCGUUCGAGCUCCCUUCCAUUGAGGCGAUCCUAGCGAUCUCGUGUUCGCCUUUGGCUGCGUCGCGCGAAUCACCUGCUACGGCCGGCACCUCUGGCACCUCUUUACUCGUCCCCAUGUCCACCCAGGCAGUCCAUCGGGACGUGCAGGCUUUGUCCGAACAAUUGCGAGCGAGAAGUGUGGGCGAAGCGGCCGAAGUGUCCAAUGCUUCGCAGACCGCAUCGCUUUCAAGGUCGGCCAUCUCUUUGCCUCUCCUCUUCAUCCGGAAAGAUGGGAUCGGCUAUCAAUCGGAACGAUCCAUUGUCCUCGAGCCCAAUCCCUACGCCGCCUCACGGGCCGACGCCUGGUCAAUCUCUUUCACGUAA